CCUACGACUAUAGGUGCAGGCGAUCCGAAAAAGCACUCCAAGCUCGGGUCGAAAGAUCUCAAGACCGAGCCCUAAUCCAAAAACCCUAGAUCUCCCCCUAAAACCCUAAUUUCCCCCACGGGGAAAAAAAAAAUCCCCCCAACAAACAAUCUCCAUGGCCGAGACCAAAGACGAGCAAGAUGCCCAAACCCUAGAUCCCCACUCCCAAAAGCGCAAGCCCGACCUCGACUGCGUUGAACAGGGCGAGCCCAAGAAGCCGAAGAAUCCCGAAAUCGAUCUCGAAGAGGGCGACGACGACGAGGAUCAGAGGCAAAAGGCGAGGGUUUUGGAGAAGGGGAAGGGGAAGAUGGUAAUUGAAGAGGAGGGGGGUUCGGAUUCCGACUCCGACUCGGAUUCCGACCAGGAUGGCGUCGAGGAUGGCGACGGCGAGGACAGCGAUUUCUGCGACGAUCCGCUGGCUGAGGUUGAUCUGGAGAACAUUCUGCCUUCGAGGACGAGGCGAAGGGGCCCGCAGGAGCCCGGGGCGUAUCUCGUGAAUGAUCUUGACGGGGAUGAUGAUGAGGAUGACGAGGACGAGGUAGUUGGCGGUGAUGAGGAUGAUGAGGACAGCGAUUAGAGGGGACCGAGAGGGCAAAAGAGGUAAUUUUGGUUAAAAGAUUUAGCGGUAAUUUGUAUUGAAUUAGGGGGUGUAAUUGGUGCUUCUGGAUGAAAUGUAGAUGAAUGCUGAGUGAGUAGGCUUGAAUGCAUCUGUGCAUCUUCUUGUUUUCAAUUGCCUAGAUUUUGUGUGAAGUAUUGGCGGAAGUGUUGAAUGCUACUUUUGAUGAUAGACUUGGUUGUUAUUUGGAAUUA